AUGUCGACCGGCCUCUACACCUUUUCCAACGACACCCUCCAGAGACUCCGCAAGUUCCGGUUCCUGCUGGGGAAGGGGGACUCGAUGGAAGCCCUCGUAUGCUCGAUCAACAAAGAUACCUACGAGAUCGUCCCCGAGGAUGACGAGGUGACGCUGAUGGAAGAAUUGGUCGACGAGUUGCCCGACAAUCUGCCCCGGUUUGUGGUGUUACUGUACCCGAUCAAGUUGAGCGACGGGCGGCUUAAAGUGCCGUUAGUGUUAGUGUACUGGAUCCCGCCGACGUGUGGCCAGGAACAGAGAAUGCUCUACGCCGGCGCCGUCGAGUUGGUCCGCGAAAAGACCGGGGUGGCGAAAGUGAUCAAAAUCGACGACGAGGACGACUUCGAGGACAUCGAGAGCCAGUUGUUGUGA